GCCGUGAUGCGCCACUGGCUGCCUGCUGGAGAUGCCUUGCUUCAGAUGAUCACCAUUCACCUACCUUCCCCUGUAACAGCACAAAAAUACUGCUAUGAACUUCUUUAUGAGGGGCCACCUGAUGAUGAAGCUGCUAUGGGUGUCAAAAACUGUGAUCCCAAAGGCCCUCUGAUGAUGUAUAUUUCCAAAAUGAUCCCCACAUCUGAUAAGGGGUGUUUCUAUGCUUUUGGGCGAGUCUUCUCUGUUAUUGUUUCUACUGGACUGAAAGUUCAAAUCAUGGGACCAAACUACAUACCUGGCAAAAAGGAAGAUCUUUACCGAAAACUCAUUCAAAGAACCAUUUUGAUGAUGGGUCAUUAUGUUGAGCCCAUUGAGGAUGUACCUUGUGGCAACAUUGUCGGUCUAGUUGGUGUUGACCAGUUUUUGGUGAAGGUGGAUACUAUUACCACCUUUGAAUAUGCCCACAACACGAGAGUGAUGAAAUUUAGUGUUAGUCCAGUUGUACGUGUUGCUGUUGAAGCAAAAACCUAUGUUGAUCUACCAAAACUAGUUGAAGGUCUAAAGCGUCUGGCUAAGUCUGAACCUAUGGUUCAGUGUAUUAUUGAAGAGUCUGGUGAACACAUCAUUGCUGGAGCAGGGGAGCUGCAUCUAGAAAUUUGCCUUAAAGAUUCGGAAGAAGAUCAUGCUUGUAUUCAAAUUAAGAAAUUGGAUCCAGUUGUAUCUUACCAUGAGACAGUUGGUGAAGAGUCAAGCCAGGUGUGCUUAUCCAAAUCUCCCAACAAACACAACAGGCUGUAUAUGAAGGCUCGGCCCUUUCCUGAUGGCCUGGUAGAGGACAUAGACAAAGGGGAAGUCAGUUCCCGUCAAGAACUGAAACAGUGUGUGCAUUACCUAGCAGAGAAAUAUGAGUGGGAUGUGUCUGAGGCUCGUAAGAUUUGGUGCUUUGGACCUGAUGGUACCAGUCCAAAUACCUUAGUUGACAUCACGAAAGGUGUCCAGUAUCUAAAUGAAAUCAAAGACAGUGUUGUUGCUGGUUUCCAGUGGGCUAUGAAAGAGGGUGUCUUGUGUGAGGAUAACAUGAGAGGUGUUCGUUUUGAUAUCCAUGAUGUCACUCUGCAUGCUGAUGCUAUUAACUGUGGUGGUGGGCAAAUCAUUCCUACUGUAAGGAGGGUUCUGUAUGCCUCUACUCUUAUGGCACAACUGAGGCUUAUGGAGCCCAUCUAUCUGGUAGAAAUACAGUGCCCAGAACAAGUGGUUGGUGGGAUCUAUGGUGCUCUGAACAGGAAAAGGGGACACGUUUUUGAAGAAUCCCAAAUGGCAGGAACUCUAGUGCUUGUGGUCAAGGCGUACCUACCUGUGAGUGAGUCACUUGGUUUUACUACUGACUUGAGAUCCAACACUGGUGGCCAGGCUUUUCCACAGUUUGUCUUUGAUCACUGGCAGAUUUUGCCUGGAGAUCCUUACAAUGCAAAUUCUCGUCCUUGGCAAGUUGUGGCUGAAACAUGUAAAUGUAAAGGCCUGAAGGAGAGUAUUCCACCUCUGGAUAACUUCCUAGAUAAGUUACAAUCACUUCUGUUUCAUGUUGUGUGA